AUGGGCACCUAUCUCGAGCCGGGAACUUUCAACUUCGUCACACCCGCUCAGGAUGAGCCUAUCACCACGCGCCGCAUGAAGAAGUCGCAGACCCGCCGCGGCGAUGGUCACCUUGUCAAGAUCGUCUCGCCAGCAGAGCCCCCCAUUGGCGACAGUCGUCCCAUUCUGAACGUGCCUGCUGAGCUUUUGGUCGAGAUCAUUGCUUAUGGCAGUCAGAAGGACAAGUUGGCCUGGAUGUUGGUCAGCCAAAAGUUCGUCGACCCUGCUGAACGCGCACUUUGGCGCAUCUGCGGGCGCAAAGGAUUCAUCAGACUCCUACGCAUGACUGACGCGAAGAGACAACGCCUUGUCAAGAUGAUCAGUCACCUCAAUGUCGGAGACAAUCUCUACUUGUUAGAUUUCGGUAUAUGGCGGCACCGAUCUCAUGAAGUUCAAUACGGCGUCUAUCCCGACCAAAUCCCAAUGCUGCCCGCUAGUUGGGUCAUUCAUCCUCGACUCAAAUCUUUCACAGCUCUGUCAGGAGGGGCUAACGGUGCGAUUGAUGAUGACUUUGCCGCUCUAAAGAAGACAUCUACUCUGGAAGCUCUGCAGAUCAACCACCACAUCGAGCGCAACACACCAACUGCCUUCCCACGACUUCUCGAAUGUUUACCUCGUUUGCGAGUUUUCGAAGCCCACUACUUUACCUCGGGCACUCUCCUUGCCCAUCUUGCACCGUUGCCGGCUCUUAAAAAGAUCGUGCUUGGCGGCAACAUCAACCUUGAAAUGGUUCAACAAGCAGUCGAGACACCCGGCGCAUUUAACGAACUUGAGGCGUUGGACAUCACCGUUCGUGUCGAUGCUGCAACACGCCUCUUUCAACAUCUACCCAACCUCAAGAACCUCAGAGUCGUUUUGGAAAGAACCUUCAUCGCUUUGUCAGACGAAGAACGUGCAGAUGUGACCAUAUCAAGUCUGCAAGCGAUAGGUGCUAUGUCGAGCCUGACACUACUUCACAUCAGAUUUGUGUAUCGUGAAUUGUUCAGCGAGCUGAAAGCGCUGAAGCAGCUUUCAUCGCUUCGCAAGCUCGAUCUGACUCUUCAGCAUCAAGGCGCAGACCGACCGCUACCAGACAACCACACAACAGAUCUUGUUGAGCAACUGAGUCACUUACAAUUGGAAGAGUUCUACUGUGACCUUGACUUGAAAACCGCCCAGCUUGAAAGCCUAAGCAAAGCCUGUCCCACCUUACGCGGGCUGAGGUUCUAUCGUUGGCACGAUCUUGAUGAUCUCGACACAGAAGAAUCACCAAUACUCCCAACGUUAGAGCAUCUCGCAAUCUCAAACUACAGCUUUGGUCGCCCAGUCUAUAGCAAGAAAUGGAUCAAAACAUGGGCAAACAAGCUAGCUGUCGCCGCUCCUGUUCUUUCGACUUCUCCAUGUUCGCCCUCUCGAUAUAUUACAGAAAGCGAGGUGGUGUACGUCGCUGGUUCGUCCACCUCUACGAUUGGGAAGGAGGAAUAUCGACCUUGA